AUGAAUGAGGUAUCUGUUGCUGAUUUUGAAAUUUUAAGAAAGUUAGGAUAAGGAUCUUAUUCGUCAGUUUAUAAAGUAAGAAGAAAAUCUGAUGGAUAAGAAUAUGCAAUGAAAAAAGUUGAGAUGACAGGAUUAUCAAUAAAAGAAAAAUAAAAUGCUUUAAAUGAAGUAAGAAUUUUAGCUAGUUUAUCAAAUUUUCAUAUAGUUGGAUAUAGAGAGGCAUUUAUAAAAGGAGAAACAUUAUUUUUGAUUUUGGAAUUUGCUGGAGGUGGUGAUUUGUAAUAAAAAAUAGAGUAUACAAAAAAGAAAGGUAUAGGAUUUUAUUUUGAUGAAUAAUUGAUAUGGAAUUAUUUAAUAGAAAUGUUAUUAGGAUUAAAUGAAUUGCAUAAUAAUGGUAUUUAUCAUAGAGAUAUAAAAUGUGCAAAUGUAUUUUUAACUUAAGAUCAUAAACAUAUAAAAUUAGGUGAUUUAAAUGUAGCAAAGAUAGUUAAACCAAACUAGCUUGCAAAUACAAAAGCAGGAACCCCAUAUUAUGCAAGUCCUGAAGUUUGGAAAGAUGAACCUUACGAUUAGAAAUGUGAUAUAUGGUCAUUAGGUUGUGUGAUUUAUGAAAUGGCUUAAUUAUAGACACCAUUUUUAGCAAAUGAUUUGUAUCAUUUAUAAAAGAAAGUUUAAAGAGGAAUUUAUGAACCAUUAAAUUAAAGAUAUAGUAAAGAAUUAAGUUAUUUGAUUUCAAGAUGCUUAUAAGUAUCUCCUAAAACUAGAGCAUCUUGUGAAGAUUUAUUAAAUCUUGAUGAAAUUAAAAAAAGAUAACUGUAUAAUGAUUCUGGUUCAUUAUUAACUAAUGGAUCAAAAUUAUUAGGAACUAUAUAUUUACCUAGAAAUUAUAAAGAUAUAACAUUACCAAGACCAAGAUAUUAAACAGAUAAUAGUGAUGCUAGUUUAACUCUAAAUAAACGUCCUAGUUCUCGUAUUUAAAGGACUAAAUCAAAUAAUAUUUCGAAUGAUUCUGAUAGUCCUUCAUUCAAGAAAAUUAAAAUAAAGAAUAAAUUAUCUAAUAAUCUUAAUUUAUAAUCUUUAUAGAGAAGUAUCUCUUAAAAUAAUAGUUAACUUAAAGAAAAUAUUCCAAAUAGUAGUAAUAUUUAUUAACUACAACCUCUACAUCAUUAACAUCAUCCUAGUCAUCAAGGUUAUUAAAGUAAUAAUACUGGAUAAUGUAGUCCAAGAUUAAGGAAAUAAUUAUCAUCACCUUAAUAAUAAAAAUAAAAACUACAUUAAAUUUUAUAAUAAGAUUUUUAUUUACCAAGAUUAGAGUAGAAAUAAUUGAACAAACAUUAAAAAAUAAACUCAAAAUGUUUUAUUUCAGAUAUAAGGAAAUUAUUAUGA